CUCGUCUCUAUCCAAUCAGAUCGAUCAGUUGAGAAACUCAGCAAGCGCUUAUCAUAAGCGUAAUUCGAUGCCUUUGCAGCAGACAGUACGAGCCUCUGCGAACUCUACCCUACCCGAGGAGCUUAAGAAGGAGAGAUGAGGAACUGGAUAAUACUACCAACCCAUGGAACCCAUUCGUCAGUUCAUCUUGCAACUGCCUACCUUUUUGCCUACCAUACAUGCAACUGAUGAUUUCGCAACUGUCCUGGCCCAUCUGAUAGAACGUUGGGACUGGGCUAUCGCUGCAUACCGUAGCUACCUCAGUCUGCCUGGAGAUAACCGUUACAUCAUCAUCUCUACGCUUGUAUUCCUCGCAAUCGCACAAGGAAUGCGUUUGAUCUAUAGCCGGAUGACUGCCGAACAAUUGCGAACCCUGGUAGAUACAGUUGGCCCUCGCGUUUUCACUGUCGUGACUGCUAUACCUUCCUUCGGAGUAAUCAUCAUCCCACUCAUGCAGAUCCUUUACAUUUCCGGGUCUCCGUUCACCGCAGUCGGUCUCGUGUUAGCAAUCACAGUGCCUGUUGUGAUCCUUCCCUUGGCAGUGUUGUGCUUCCAAAUAGUUCGAAUGCAGGGAUUGAAUGAUGCUCAGGCUUAGCAGUGAGGGUUUCUAUACAAUAUUUGACUGUAACAAAGACCCCCCUUUUUGUUCUUGAUGGUAUGCUUUCUACCUAUCAUGAUUACGACUCCCCUGGCACUGUAUGAAUAUACGAGGCAUACCAAGUACCUAUGUAACAACUUGUUCACAUAAGCAUCUUUUCGAAUCCUGUCCAGUUUCUGUGUGAUAACAAUCCUGGACAUUUAAUAUUUAUUCCAC